UCACAGCCCAAACAAUCCGUCUAAACAAGUUUAAAAUCGCAGUUCCAAUAGAAACGAAAACUGAAAGAUGAAGGUGCCAUUUAAAGUUGCUAACUUAAAUCUGGCGGAUGCGGGCCGAAAAGAAAUCAUCCUGGCUGAAUACGAAAUGCCCGGCUUGAUGGCCUUGAGAGAGAAAUACAAGACAACCCAACCUCUCCAGGGAGCCAAGAUAGUUGGUUGCCUUCACAUGACCGUCCAAACUGCCGUGAUGAUCGAAACGCUUAUUGAUCUUGGCGCAGAGGUUCAGUGGUCAAGUUGCAACCGGUUCAGUACCAAUGACGCUGCGGCAGCGGCUCUGGCGGCACGAAGUAUCGGAGUCUACGCGUGGAAAGGGGAAACUGAAGAGGAGUACGACUGGUGUAUAGAACAGACACUGAUUUUCCCCGACGGUAAACCGUUCAACCUUAUACUGGACGAUGGCGGCGAGCUCACCAAUCUCGUGCACCAAAAGUUCCCCCAGUACUUGAAAGGAUGCGCCGGGCUUAGCGAAGAAACGACCACCGGAGUUCACAAUCUAAACAGAAUGAUCAGAGAGGGACGCCUGAAGAUACCCGCGAUCAACGUUAACGAUUCUGUGACAAAGCGUAAAUUCGACAAUCCCUACGGAUGCAGGGAAUCGUUGAUAGACGGAAUCAAACGGGCCACCGACAUCAUGUUAGCUGGCAAAAUAAUCGUCGUGGGAGGCUACGGCGACGUCGGCAAAGGCUGCGCGCACGCGCUGAAAGGUUUGGGCGCCAGAGUCAUCGUCACAGAAAUCGAUCCGAUCAAUGCCCUUCAGGCGGCGAUGGAAGGGUACCAAGUGUUAACGAUGGCGGAAGCGAGCAAACUGGGACAAAUUUUCAUAACUAGCACCGGCAGCAGGGACAUUAUACGGGGAGAGCACUUCGUUGACAUGAACGACAACGUCAUCGUCUGUAACGUGGGACAUUUUUCUGAAGUGGACGUAUUUUGGUUGGAAGAUAAUGCCAAGUCGAAGGAUCCGAUCAAACCAGGCGUUGAUCGUUAUGAAUUAGAAAACGGAAAGCAUAUAGUGUUAUUAGCGGGAGGUAGGGCGGUGAACUUGGGCUGCGCGAAUGGACAUCCAUCUUUUGUGAUGUCGAUUUCGUUUGCGAACCAAUGUCUCGCCCAGAUGGAGCUCUGGAACAAUACUAACGCGUAUUCGGUGGACGUGCACACAUUGCCCAAAUUUUUGGACGAGGAAGUGGCCAGACUUCACCUGGAAUACCUGGGGGUGAGGCUCGAAAAAAUUACCCCAAAACAAGCGAACUAUAUAGGAGUGCCGAUGGAGGGACCCUUUAAACCCGACAACUAUCGAUAUUAAAAAACCGUUUGCUUUACCCGGAUGGUCUGAAUUUGUAAAUCAUUAUGCGCUUACUAUUUACUACAUGGAUUUUUUAUAUUAAUAUAUAAACAUUUUUAUUGCAAGGCUCGUUUUGUGUUGUGUUCUCGAUCUCUCUCUGCGAUCUCUACAAGCUGGUCCGGCAAAUCGCCAACAUAACGUAGUACUUUUCUCGCCAUAUGUAUAAAUAUAGUCGCCCCAGAAUUAUAAUAGACUAAGACUAGAGACAUUUAAAGUUAAUAAGCACCUCAAGCCAUUUUUAGUUGCAGUGCGUUAGCCCGUUUUUAAACUAAGAUUUUGUGAAAACCGUAGUAUAUGGUUCCAAGGAGUCGCUGAUGGAUAAUCAAUUCUGCCGAUAAGUGUCCAAAAAUAACGCCACGAAAGUAAUAUCUUGUGCUAUCUUGUAAAUUACAUCCUGUCGUGGAGAAACAUUUUAUUUUAUUUUAAACAAAGAACGAAUGAAAUCGUUUUGAUCGUAUCGGUCCACUUAA